GUGUGCUCACAGCGUGUCACAGGUGGUGCCAGGACAACUGUACUGCUAGGUGCUGAAGCAUAGUUCAAUAGCCACUGAACUGGCAGGACGUACCUGUGUUUCACUAGUAAAAAUUUGGUAUUUUUUUGAACAAACUUUUUCAGUUGAAUUUGGGAGGCAGCAAUCAGCUAAAAGGUAGAGAAGGGAGGGAAAGGAGGGCCUGGGGGGGCCCUAGGCCUCAAUAAUGGAGGAAGACCUCAAUUACAAUGGGCAGACAACAACAUUGCCCAGAAGGCGACGCUGGUACACCCGCCUGUGGAGUUCUUGUCUGGGCUGUAGUUGCAUGAAACAUCAGAAAAAGAAGAAAUUUGUCGUGUACCACAAUGGAUAUGACCCAGUCGGUCCACUGCAACGAGCAGCCACUGUGGGUGACCUGGAUACACUGGAGAGAUUAAUCCACUCCAAUGAACAUCAUGUGGAUGAAUCUGAUAGGAGGGGCAGGACAUCCAUACACUAUGCAUGUGCCCACAACCAUCCUGAAGCAGUGAUACUGUUACUAGAAAACGAAUCCAAUAUUAACAUCCAGGAUGAUGAAGGCAGCACACCCCUGAUCAAGGCUACCCAGCAAGAAAAUGUGGAUUGUGUUUCUUUAUUGCUCAGCCACAAUGCUGAUCCAAACCUGAUAGAUGUCAACGGAAAUACAGCUUUCCACCACGCUGUAUCCAGGGGUAACAUACCAAUUGUAAAAAUGUUCCUUGAGCACAACGUAGAUUUUGAAGCCAAAAAUCGGUUUGGCAUAACACCUGUGGAACUUGCAGCUUUUAACAAUAAACCUGAAAUGGUAAAAUUUUUAGAAACAAAUUAUGCAAAUGCAUGUGCAAUGUUAAACAGGACAAGUAAGAAAAGAAGAGAGAAGAGAAGACUGACACAUGUCAGGUUCAAAAAUGAAGACAUUGUUUUUAAAGAUCAGAGGCCUUUGUCCUGUGCAGUAAGAUCACCAGGACGGCUAAAAUCUAUCUUGAAAAAACCUUUCCAGUAUGAGACAGAUUCGCCUCCCUCAUUAAAAGCUAGUGAGAAAAUUACAAGAAGAACAGCAGUGAGGUCUACAAAAGGGGACAAUGUCAGCUACACCUCAUUUUCCAAGCAGGAUCAUGGAAAUUCUGGACGUGAGGCUCCGGCUGCCAUUGAUCCAGUUCCUUCCACCACUGCUGCUGACAGUGGGGCUCCCGAUGCCAUUGAUACAACAUUUUCCACCUCUGCUGAUGAAGAAUCCACUCUUGUUCGUGACCUAGAUGACAAGCUGGCCCAUAGUCAGGAGGCUGAGGUUUUUUUCGAUGCUUCAGAGUCAAUCGCUCACUCUGACCAUUGCAGGACCAUUGUCAGAGCUCCAGAUGUUCUUCUGGCACCAAGGAUGCUGCUGCUGCUGCUAAUGCCCUUGAUUAUUAGUAACACCAGCCCAUGGUUUCUGAUGUUCCUCUUAGCGGUGGUUACAUGGAUGCGAAAUCCAUUUCAACAAAUGUGGCAUGAAGAAAAUGGCCAUGGACCUCCAACUAACAAAACAGAUGAACCAGUUGCUGCUGCAGCUGACCAGUACAGCCUUAAGAAGGGGUCAAGACCCACAGUGUAAGAAAGAAUUUCAUGAUAUAUAUAAAUUUUAAAGUAAAAUGUUUUAUUUGAUAAUAAACCAAAAUAAAAAUUUAUUGUUGUGUUGG